AACAUUAAAAAAAAAUAAAAAAAUAUUACUACUAUGUAAGAAAGCAUUUUAACAUGUGUAAGAAUUCGUUCUAUUUAAGAUUAAGAAAAAAUUCUUGAAUGCCAUGAUGAAAAACAUAUUAUUAUUAAAAGAACAAAUGAGUAGUUUUAAUUUGGUAAUAAAAUAUAAUAAAUGAAAGCAAUAAAAAUAUUAUAACUAACAUUAUAAUUAUAAAAAUAUUAUAAACUUAUUUAAUAAAAAAGAAUUGAAUAAAUAAAAUCCAUAUAUGAUUAUAUAAAUGCCUAUUAUAUAUAAAUAAAAAUAUUAAUACAUAUUAAUAAAUAUUUUAUAUUAAAUAAAAAAAAAAAAAACAAACAAACAAAGAAAAGAUAUUUGAUGAAACCAAAAAUACUGAAUAAAUAUUUAAUUAUUUUUCACAAAAUAUCUUAAAUUAAUGUUAUGAAGGCAAAAACGUUUGUAUAUUCGCAUAUGGCCAAACAUCUUCCGGAAAAACGCAUACUAUGAAAGGGAAUAAAUAAAAUCCAGGUUUAAUACCUUUAACUUUAAAUUAUAUAUAUAAAAAGCAAACUCACUAAAACGAAAAUUAAACAGAAAUAAAAUUUAAUUUUUAGAAAUUUAUAACGAAACAUUAAUAGAUUUAUUAAAUCCAAAAGAAUAAAAUAUAGAAAUCCGUGGAACUACAAAAGGCAUAUUUACCUAAAAUCUAACCCAAAAUACAGUCUCUAGUUUAAAAGAAGCCUAAGACCUUUAUAAUAUGGGAGAAUCUAACCGAAAAUUUGGCGAAACAAAUUAAAAUGUACAAUCAAGUAGAUCCCAUGUAAUUUUCAGAAUAAAUAUGGAAAUAAGAGACACUAAAAAUCCUCUUAAAAUCCUUUAUUCGACUUUAAACUUAAUAGAUUUAGCUGGAUCAGAAAAUAUAGGUAGAUGUAAAAUAGAUAAAGAUUUUAAAAGUAAAAACGAGGGUUUAAAUAUAAAUAAAUCAUUACUCGCAUUAUCAAAUGUGAUUAAUAAAUUAGGAUAGAAUUAAGGAUAAUAUAUAAAUUUUAGAGAUUCUAAAUUGACAAGAUUAUUAUAACCUUGUUUAGGAGGAAAUUCAAAAACAGUAGUUAUUUGUGCAAUAAAUCCUUGUUUUGUAAAUUAUUAAGAAACAAGGGAUACACUUAAUUUUGGGAAAAAUGCGGGGGCGAUUAAAAAUUAUAUUAAUAUAAAUGAAAAACA